AUGGCUAGGCAUAUCGACAAUCUUGCAACCUUUCUGGACCAGUUUGCGCACGGACUAUCCGAUGACAACUUGAGCAAAAGACUGACCCGAACAGCCAUCUUACUUCGUAACCCACCAUAUCAUACAACCGCUGCUCAACCUACGAGAAGUCGACACAAAUCAGCUCAGAAGUGCCUGUUCACUAUACGAUGGGAGCUUGGUGACCCAACUUACUACCUAUGUCUGUUUGCGUCCUCUAUAACAGCACUCUCCACCGAGCGACGGGAGCUGAGUGAAGUUUUGGCAAAAUGGCCUGGCAAAGACGACAUCUCCUCGGCCUUUACGGGAAGAGCCCAGGCAAUCGUUGAGAAACAUCUAGCGGAAGAGGGAUCGGAAGAAAGCCCCGCUCACACAUCCUUCCAGAAACGCCGUCAGUCAAUGACCCAUCCGAGUCCACAACAGUCAGUAAACGAUCCUGGGAGUAGGCAUAAAAGAGCCAGAUUAGAUGGAGACUACAAAGGCUUGAUGUCAGUUGGAAGGAUAGUCACGCAGUCCCAGCAAGGCGAAGAUCAAAGUAAUAUUCCUCAAUUUCGUGAGGAAUACCUCGACAACGCGUUCGACGAAAGUCACCAACUUCCUUUGGAUGCACGAACUGAGGACAGUUGGCGUCAUCAGAAUGUUUUGAUUCAAGAAAGAAGUGCAUCUACUCUACUGGUCGCUGAAAAGUAUCAGCCUUCUCAAGGACCCAAGGUUGGUGGAGCCGCAGGCAUUGGGCGCGAAGUUGACAUAAGUCAUCAAGCCAGCGGCGACACUGGAAUCAGGAGUCAAUACGGGAAGGCAGAACGCAGUAGAAGCGGCGAAAGCGACGAUGGCGAGGUCAGCGACGAAAGCAAUGAUAGUGAUAACGAAGGAAGAGUCCCCCUUCUAGCUCCUGACAGAUCUGCUCAAACAGCACGAACUCAAGAAGGUAUGACACUACAAAAAACCCUCUAG